GUUCUUCUAGAAACAAGUAGACGCCACCGAAGCAUCUAGAACAGAGCACGCUGGCCACAAGAAGAAGAAAAGAGGAAGAAGAAUUCUUCCCGUCGAAAGCCGGUGAGGGAGAAGACAAGAGGAGUGUGAGGCGUCGGCCGAUCUGGUGCAGAGAGGAGGGGAUCGCCGGAGAAGAGGAGCAGAGAUGUUCCUGGUGGACUGGUUCUACGGGGUGCUGGCGUCGCUGGGGCUGUGGCAGAAGGAGGCCAAGAUUCUCUUCCUCGGCCUCGACAACGCCGGCAAGACCACCCUUCUCCACAUGCUCAAGGACGAGAGGCUCGUGCAGCACCAACCGACGCAGUACCCGACGUCGGAGGAGCUGAGCAUCGGCAGGAUCAAGUUCAAGGCCUUCGACCUCGGCGGCCACCAGAUCGCCCGCCGCGUCUGGAAGGACUACUACGCCAAGGUUGAUGCUGUUGUUUACCUGGUGGAUGCUGUUGACAAGGAACGGUUUGCAGAGUCAAAGAAGGAGCUUGAUGCUCUUCUUGCAGAUGACUCCCUUGCAAAAGUUCCUUUCCUCAUACUGGGCAACAAGAUUGACAUCCCAUACGCAGCUUCAGAGGAGGAGCUGCGGUACUACCUUGGACUGAGCAACUUCACCACCGGAAAGGGCAACGUGAACUUAGAUAAUUCCAACGUGCGGCCCCUGGAGAUCUUCAUGUGCAGCGUGGUCCGUAAGAUGGGCUACGGCGAAGGCUUCAAAUGGAUGUCCCAGUACAUCAAGUGAAAGCGCCUUCCUCCUUGUCCAUAGUGCCGCUCCCGCUGCUCUCAGGGAUGGUUGUAAUCAGGUCUGGUUAAAGUGUUUACCCUAGCUAGCGAUAGGGAAAGCCUGUAAGUUGUGGUAGUCCUAGGUACGUGGGGUCUAUUUUCUUUUCUGAUUGUUAGCCGGUGAUGGUUUAAAUUUUUCAAAAGAUGUGGUCGCUGGAAUUGCUUCGAGGCAACGGGAAGUAUUUCAGCUUGUGUAAUCACGUUACUUGGAUCAGCGUCAUGCUUGCUGGCAACUUGGUCUCAGCGUUGGAUUUUGUCGCC